AUGUCAAAUUUAGGAAAAUGUACUAGAUGUCAAAAAACUGUUUACUCUCAAGAAGGUUUUAUUGCAGUAAAAGUUCCAUUCCACCGUUCUUGUUUUAAAUGCGAAGUUUGUAAUUGGCAAUUAGUUUUAACAAAUUAUAAAUCAAUUAAUGGUAAAGUUUAUUGUGCAAAUCAUUAUCCAGUUGGUGGUUUAUCAGUUACACCAGAAAAAACACAUACAACAUCAGAUGACCUUGUAAUGAAGAAUGCUUUGAAUGCACCUCGUGUUGAGACAGUAAAUGAACAAUUAAGAGGUGGAAAUGAAAAGCCACAAACCAGUACUGAUGAUUUAGUUACAAAGAAUGCUUUAAAUGCACCAAAGAGUAAUUUAGUAAAUAAUCAAGUUAGAGGUACAUCAGAUUCUGCACCACUCACAAGUGCUGAUGAUUUAGUUACCAGAAAUGCAUUAAAAGCACCCAAGAGUGAUUUAGUAAAUAAUCAAGUUAGAGGUACAUCAGAAAUGGGCCCUCAAGCUGGUAUCGACAUAGUUACAGCUAAUGCGCUCAAAGCACCAAAAUUAGAGACAAUGUCAGGUUAUCAAAAAAGUGUACAAAAUUAG